CAUGUACGGGUGUCAAAACAAAAAGGGCUGCCUUUGCUCUUCACACACAAAUACUGGCGGAAGAAGAUCCAAUAAGCAGCUCCCACAAGCAUAGCAAGGUUAGAGCGCAUCGCCUAAUUCUGUGUCAGUGUGUGGGCAGUCGCCUUAGCCUCAUUGGCGUUCGUCUACGUAUCGCGUACAUCAACGUCCCGGGCUGUGUCAGAGCGUAUAAAGGCUCGGAAGGGGGCACUGAAUCUACAGCACUAUUCGAACCAUGGGAAAUCCAGGACAAAGCAAUUUAUACAGCCUGAAUGGGAAGCAUCAUACUGUCUUGUAGCUCUUUUGGUGCUUUCAUAGAUUUUACUACUCUUGAACCAGAUUCGAAAAAGCCAUGACAUGCAAAGUGAUAUCACAUAAUAUGUGAUGUUUUCUUUGGCUUAUUGAUUAUUUUAUGUUUAAAGUUCUUUUUUUAUUGCCUGCGAGAGAACAGUAAACUUUUGGCUGUUUCUGUUGGCUAUGGACCAGCCUGUAAUGGAUUGCCCUGUAACGCUGGUCAUUAAAGCUCCAAAUCAAAAAUAUGAUGAUCAAACUAUUAACUGCUUUCUGGACUGGACUGUGGAAAAAUUAAAAUCUCAUCUCUCAAAAGUAUACCCCAGCAAACCGUUAGCCAAGGAUCAAAGACUUGUAUACUCUGGAAAGCUGCUUCUUGAUCAUCUGCUACUAAAAGAUGUUCUCAGGAAACAAGAUGAAUAUCACAUGGUUCAUUUAGUGUGUGCCUCCAGGACUCCUCCCAGCUCCCCCAAAGCAAGCACGAGCAACAAAUCUAUGGGAACUGCAAGCAUCAGCAGAUCUAGUUCUGAGCAUUCAGGAUCAGCCAGCCCUGCUUCUAUAAGACAAGACACAUCAUCCACCUACCCUGACCCCAGACCAGGAGACAGCAUAAGGCAUCGACAUACAUCACUAAUGUAUAAUAAUCUAGUUCACAGCCACCCAUUCUCUUACCUAAGACAAGAAUAUGCAUUAAAUCCACCUCCAGGGCAAGCUUCCCCAUCUACAUUUCCAGCCUAUUCAGCCUUCACUCCUUUACAGAUGAUGUGGUGGCAGCAGCUGUAUGCACGGCAGUACUAUAUUUACAGUCAAGCCACUGCCUCAAACCAGUCACCAUCUAAUGGUGAGAAUGCUCAGCCAGUUCCCAGGCCUGUCAUCAACUCCGAAAGCCCGCCUCCCAACCCUCCAAGAGCACCUCCUAAUGUAGCACCGGAGAUGAACCCUAAUAUCCAAAUGAAUGCUCAGGGUGGGCCAGUCAUGAAUGAAGAAGACAUUAAUCGAGACUGGCUAGACUGGAUGUAUACAGUUUCUCGAGCUGCCAUUCUCCUUAGCAUAGUAUACUUCUACUCGUCCUUCAGCCGUUUUGUAAUGGUGAUGGGUGCUAUGAUACUUGUGUACAUGCACCAGGCUGGGUGGUUUCCUCUGCUACAAGAUGAAGGUCAGCAGCACGCAAGAGACAACGCUGCAGAAGUGAACCCAGACCAUGUUAAUAACAAUGAUCCUCAGGAUCUGGAGCACCGUAUGGAUGAAGGUCUACAAGAAGAACACAAUAACAAUGCAGGAGGCAAUGUGGUCGCAAGGCGUGGAGUUCUGGCCUCGGCCUGGUCUUUCAUUACCACAUUUUUUACUUCACUUAUACCAGAGGGACCACCCCAAGGUGCCAAUUAAGAUAUGAAAUAGCUUCUGAGUGGACAACAUAGGGCUAUUUGGGAGGAAAGUAAUAUUAGAAAAGAUUUAUUUCAUUUUUGUUACAUUUGUCCGCUUCCUCUUAUGCCCCUCUCACAAUUAUGAGUAUAUUAAGCACAAUGCAUACUUUAAUUUCUUUCUCUUUUAUGAAAUAGUUUUCUUUUUGAAAGAGGAUCAUAGUAAUAGUAUUUGUCUUCCAUCACUUUGUCUUAUUUGGCUGAGAGAUUGAGAGAUGUUUCAUGUGUUCUGGCAAAUAUAUUUUAAUUAUACCAUCCUAUGCUAUCUCUAACUGUAUAAUUAAAUUUGCUGUAUCAUUUAAAAAUAAACAUCACUGACAAAUAAUGGUUAUGGCAAGCAAAGAAUUAUGGUUAUCUUCCCUUUGACAGCAUUAAGUAGUUCCCGAGUAACCUAUGAACCACUAGUGUCUUAGUUAACACUGACUCCUGCUUUUCUAGUAGUACUGUCUUAAUGUAUUAAAGUAUGUCAUACUGAAUGAAAUAAUAAGAGGCUACAGCAGGGAAAGAGCAAUUUGAUGGCUUGGUUUGUGAUAACAGGAUGGCUUUGAGUCUGAGUGCUACCUAUAAGAUACUAUAAGAUACUGUUGGCUGUCAUCAUUAGCUGAUCAGCUACAGCUUUCCAGUCUGCAAUCAGUGUUAGUACAUUUCACUCUUGACAAGUAACUUUUUUUUAUAGUUUAGCCUCAUGAACAGGUUUAUGAACAAUUUAGAGAAAAAAGUCAUUUUUCCAGAAUUGUUUUGUGGUGUUUUGAAUGUGCAGAAAGUAACAGUAAGAAGGAUAAGUUACAAAUAUGAUGGCAAAGAUUACUUUAAACAGCAGUCGUUAUUGCAAGGAUUCUAUUGCUAUUGGCAUGUUCCACUGAUGUUAAAUCAUUGUGAAUGUAGCUUAACAAGAGCUGGAGUAAUACAGCUUGUACAUUUUGGCACUGAAAGAUAACCAUCUCCAGCUGUUGUCUCUGAUCUCUAGUGCCAAAAAAGUGGGAAUCUGCAAUAUCAUUAGGGCUAACCUGUAGAUUUCUUAAAUGCAUGCAAACAAUUUUCUGAAAAGACUUGUCAGAAAAGUGAUGGAAACACUUCAUGUUUUUGGGAUGCCAUUCUGUGGUCUUACUUAUUGCACCUGGAUGGUGGUCAUGCAAGUAGUUAUGAGUGAUUAAAUGGUUUUCUUCUGAUUUACCAUUUUCAGUGUUAAUUAUUUUGAACUGCGCUAAUAAAGAAUUUUGAUAACACUUUAAA